AACUUUUACUUAACUAUCAUAUACAUCCCAUUGAAAAUCACGCUAGAGCGAGCGAGCGCUGUAGAGUCUGACUGACAGCUUUGUCAGGCCAGUGAUGUCAAAUCCCUGAAUCUGUGGGACAGUGCAUGCAUGUAGCCAGUCGCGCUGACCGCACCACAGCAUGGGUUUAUUAUCAGUCCUGCGGAGGUUUAAGAACACUCCGGACCAGGAAGUGAGGAUCCUGCUACUGGGGCUGGACAAUGCUGGCAAAACGACCCUGCUGAAACAGCUCGCCUCUGAAGACAUCAGCCACAUAACCCCCACACAGGGCUUCAAUAUCAAGAGUGUGCAAACCCAGGGCUUCAAGCUCAACGUGUGGGACAUCGGAGGUCAGAGGAAGAUCCGUCCCUACUGGAGAAACUACUUUGAGAACACAGACCUACUGAUCUACGUCAUUGACAGUGCCGACAGAAAGCGCUUUGAGGAAACAGCUGAGGAGCUGGCUGAGCUGCUUGACGAGGAGAAGCUGAGCAUGAUUCCCAUGCUGAUCUUUGCCAAUAAGCAGGACCUGAUGACGGCGGCCACCCCGGCCGAACUGGCCGAAGGGCUCAACCUGCACACCAUCCGAGACCGGAUCUGGCAGAUCCAGGCCUGCUCCGCCCUCACCGCCGAGGGAGUGCAGGAUGGAAUGAUAUGGCUAUGCAAGUGUAUACCCACUAGAAGGAAAUAACCAUGGGAAGGAACCAUUAAGGUUUGAAGAAUUUGAAUAUUCUGAACGCCAACAAAACGGCAUUGUGUAGCAACUAUUUAUUUCCAUAGAGAUGACAAAUAUCAUGAUGUCUGAUGAUCUGCUUUUUGUCUUCUGUCAUGGUACAUGAUCACAUCUCAAAUCAUUAUUCUUUUUGAUAACUGGAUGACUUAUGUAUACUAAUAGUAGUGACUAUGUUAUACUUGUUUGCACUAUAAUAGACUGCAGUCUCAGAGGAACUUAAAUAACCAUUUUAUUUUGAUGGUCGUUUUGAUACAAUAUGCACUUAUGCACUGUAAAAAUAAAGAAGCAGAGGAAUUUACUUUUUUUGUAAAUUGUUUACACUACUGCUGAAUAUCUGACAGUUUUUAAAUAAAGCUGAGUUAUUGUAA